UCAAUUACAGUCUCUGGUAGGCGGUAGCCAUUGUUCCACCACAUCCAGUUGAAUUAUUUUAACAUUUACUUUUUGCCAACAUAUGUCAACGCGUUCUUUAAUCUGUGUUUGAAUAUCAAGUGAUAUAAUUUAGAAUAAAGUAGUUUCAAUUAUAGUAUGUCCACAAUGAAUCCAGAAUAUGAUUACUUGUUUAAACUGCUCUUGAUUGGUGAUUCAGGUGUUGGAAAAUCUUGUCUACUUUUACGGUUUGCGGAUGAUACUUAUACAGAAAGUUAUAUAAGCACAAUUGGUGUAGAUUUUAAAAUUAGAACUAUCGACUUAGAUGGAAAAACCAUAAAAUUACAAAUUUGGGAUACAGCAGGUCAAGAACGGUUUCGAACUAUAACUUCAUCAUAUUACCGUGGGGCACAUGGAAUCAUUGUUGUAUAUGAUUGCACAGAUCAAGAGUCUUUCGGAAAUGUUAAGCAAUGGCUCGAAGAAAUUGAUCGCUAUGCUUGUGAUAGUGUAAAUAAAUUACUUGUAGGCAACAAGAGUGAUUUAACUACGAAGAAAGUUGUAGACUACACUACUGCUAAGGAAUAUGCUGACCAGUUAGGAGUGCCAUUUUUGGAAACAUCAGCCAAAAACGCAACAAAUGUGGAACAAGCAUUUAUGACAAUGGCUGCGGAAAUCAAGAACCGAGUUGGUCCACCAAGCAGCUCUGCUGAUACCGCAAGCAAAGUUAAGAUUGAUCAAGGCAGACCAGUCGAGACUAAUAAGUCUGGCUGCUGUUGAAUAAAUGUUCCAAUAUGCUACUGGUUUGGCCCAAUGGACGCCUUGUAUUUAAAUUACACAAUAUUAAAUCAAUACCAAGUAAAAUUUAAGUAAUAUCAAAUGAGUUAAUAUGAUGGGUUAAACAGCUACUCUAAGAGAUAAUAAUAUAAGUGAAUUUAAGCAAGUAUGGACGAACGAAGUUGGCGAUAAAUUUAAAUAUUCAUAAAACUAUAUUCCUUACAUAAUAUUUUAUAAUAAAAGUAAAUGUAUGUUUUUUUCUUUUUGGUAUUCCAACACGAUUAUUAUAAAUAAAUAUAUGCAAUUGUAAGACAAAACAUAAUAUAGAUAAUAUUAGAGAAUCCAAACAAUAAUUUGAUACACCAUCAUGU